GGCAGGCAGUAGUUCGCUGCGCUCUCGGUGGUUUAUACGGCGGGUGAAUUGUGCUCCAGGUAAAACCGCGACGACGAAUCGGGGUCGUAUCCCGCAGGGAGUCGUCACAGCGCGUUUCAUACGGUAACGCCGUUUCCUAUUCUUCGUCGGAUAGAAACGAGCAGCGUCCGCAUAACCAGGGAGAGAAAAGAGAGAGAGAGAGAGAGAGAGAGAGAGGAAGACAGACAGACACACGCCCGCACACGGAGGAAGGAAGAGGUCCGCAGGAUUGGCGGAGAAUUCGCGAAGGACUUCGCCGUGAGCGGACACACUCAUCGAGCCGCCGCGGAAAGCGGGAGGACGUGGGAUCGUAGGUGGGCCGGGAAGAGGAAGGAGAUGAAGGGGAUGCUGGCGCUGGCCGCAUUGCUCGGCGUCCUGUCGGCCGUCUGCCGCGUCCAGGCGGUGUCGGAGAGGCUCGAAUUGGCGCCGGCUGGUGGAAGAUCAGAGCCGCAGGUCGCCACCUUGUGCGAAGCUGGCGAGGUGUACCUUGCGCAGCACAUGGGAGAGCAAGGUCGAUGGGUCUCUUCGACCGAUAAGAAGAGCUGCAUGACGGACAAGCUCGAGAUCCUGGAAUAUUGCAAGAAGGCUUACCCGAAAAGAGACAUCACUAAUAUCGUCGAGUCGUCGCACUACGUCAGAGUCAGCGGAUGGUGCAAGCCCGGCAGGACCAAGUGCAAGCUCUCCCGUUGGGUCAAGCCCUACAGAUGCUUGGAGGGACCCUUUCAGAGCGACGCACUUCUCGUGCCAGAGGGCUGCCUCUUUGAUCAUCUGCAUAAUCAAACAAAAUGCUGGGAAUCUCACAGAUGGAACGCCACGGCUGCGGAGACCUGCAGGGAGCGAAGUAUGAACCUGCGUAGCUUUGCGAUGUUGUUGCCGUGCGGUAUAUCCCUCUUCUCUGGUGUCGAGUUUGUAUGCUGCCCGAAACACCUGAAAGAGAAUGUGAAAGUCAAGAAACCAAUCGACUUACCCAUCCCAAAGAGUGUGGACGACGAUCUCGAUGAAGACGAAGAUGAUCUCGACGAUGAAGAUGACUUGGACGGCGACGCCGAGGAUGAGGACAAUUCCGACGGUGAUCUCGAGGAUGUGCUUAGCGAUCAGCCCGACGACGACGAGAACGAGGAGGAAUACGAUGAUCUCGAUGAUUAUGACACAACUACCAGUCGACCAUCGACGACGGUUUCCACGACGGAGAAAGUCAAGCAGGAUGCGACGGCGAUGCCGUUACCGGUUAGCACGAGCACACAGCAGCCUUCUCAACCGCAGGGCACUCCCGAUCCUUAUCUGACGCACUUCGACCCACGAUCCGAGCAUCAGAGUUACAAGCAGGCUCAGAUGCGACUCGAGGAGGUGCACAAGGAGAAAGUGACGAAAGUGAUGAAGGAUUGGAGUGAUCUCGAAGAGAGAUAUCAGGACAUCAGGGCCCACGAUCCCGUCGCCGCGGACGCUUUCAAACGCUGGAUGACGGCGCGAUUCCAGGAGACUGUGGCCGCGCUCGAGGAGAGCGGGGCGGCGGAGAAACAUCAGUUGAGCGCAAUGCAUCAGCAGAGAGUGCAGGAAGCCGUCAAGCAGAGGAACGAGGAGGCUAUGUCAUGCUACACCGCAGCCCUCAACGAGACGCCGCCGAAUAUGCAUCGCAUUCAGAAGUGCUUGCAAAAGUUGCUGAGGGCCCUCCACAAAGACAGGCACCACACGAUCGCUCAUUACAAGCAUCUGCUCGACAGCAGUUUGGAGCAGGCUCAGCGAGAGAAAUCGGCCACUUUGGAGCACCUGGCGGAGAUCGAUAGGAUUACCAAUCAGAGCCUGCUGAUGUUGGAACGAUAUCCAGACCUAAGCGCAAAGAUUGGCCGUCUCAUGGACGAUUACGUUUUGGCCCUCAGGAGUAAGGAUGAAACUCCGGGAUUGCUGCUAGCGAUGACGCGCGAAGCGGAGGCGGCUAUUCUCGACAAGUAUCAGGCCGAUGUCGCCAGCAAGCAGCAAGAGAAGGAACAUCAGAAACAACUCGAGCGAGCGCGCAAGGAGCAACGUAAGGCGGAACGCGGCGAGCUGCGCACGGAACAGGAGCAGCACGAGGAGAACGACUCAGCCAUCGACACCAAGGAUAUCCCUCAGCAAUCGGAGCAGCCUGCCGCGGUCGCUGCUAUGCAUAAUGAGGGAGUAGUCAGAGCAGCGCACAGCAUGACACACGAUGUCUCUCAUUCCGAGCCUGGUUAUUCCGUGAGGCGGGAAGUGUAUCACAGAGAAAGUCGAUCCGUCUACUUCACGCUCGCGUUCGGCGGCAUAGUACUCAUGGCAACAGCGGUCGUGGGCGUCGCGGUAUUCAAGAGACGCAACGCGAGGAGCCCUCACAGCCAGGGUUUCAUCGAGGUCGAUCAGGCGGCCACGCCUGAGGAGCGGCACGUCGCGAAUAUGCAGAUCAAUGGGUAUGAGAAUCCUACAUACAAAUACUUCGAGGUGAAGGAAUAAUUCGGCCGCCUCGGCACUCGCAGUUUUGAUUUCAAGCUGGUCGCAAAGCCGUUCGUUCUCGCGUAUCUUCUUCGAGAAUCUCAUAAUAUUUUGUUAGAGUAAGAUAUAAAUAACGUAUGUAUGUGUGUAUAUAUAUAUAUAUAUAUAUAUAUAUAUAUAUAUAUAUAUAUAUAUAUACACACAUAUACAUACAUAUAUGUAUAUGCAUAUAUCUCUAACUCCCCCGAGAUUCUUCCGAAGACAUCCACAGACGUGGGACCUGCGCAUUCCGAAUGCGCUCUCUCGCGAAUUGCGCGGGAACACGCGUUCCUCAAUCGGCAGAUCGUGCUCGCGACACCCGCAAUCGUGACACGCUCCCUCUCUCUCUCCUACACGCGAUUGUCGCGGUGCAAGAUCGAUUUCCGAGGGCUCGACAAUAUACGUGUAAAAUAAUGUUCGUAACGGGGACACACGCACGCGAAAACGAUCGUUGAAAAUUCCGCGUAUCCACGUGAUGUGCCAUACGAGAGAACACGCCAGAUGUUAGAAGCUAUCUUCGGAAGUAUCUCACUCAAAACACAUACAUCGUUUCUCAAUUGCGUUAUCGUCAUAUACGUGUCCGGUAAAAACGCAGGAAGGAGCGCGCCUCGUUGUAAAAGUAGAAACACACGUCGUCUUUUAGACUUACUUCGAUGUUCCUUCGCCUCUGACGUCGCGCGCUCGAGUCGCGAAAGCUCCGCGGAGCGUGAUCGGUAGCUCGUCGUGAGACCUCGGCCGCUCUUCGCGGGAACGACCUCUCUCUCCGCUCGAGCCGCGGGUGGAAAACACGCGUUUACAUGCCGCCGCGGGCGAUCGCGAACGAUACGCGUCCGCGGCAAACGCGUCAUCCCUCUGCGCUCUUUGCUGUAUUUUUAGGUUCUGAUAUUUUCGGAGAUAAUCAAUGGCAAUAAAGCAAUUCGUAAUGCAGCUUAAUUAAGUACUUCGCGAAAGGAGGAGAAGAAGAAAAGAGAAGGGGAGAAGAAAAGGAGGAAACGCAAUAGCGAUUAUAGUAGCUUGUCACUGAGGUAGACGUAAAAUAAUCCGAUUGUAAUAUCGCGCAUAAUCGUUGUAACGUUAUGCUAAUUAAUCGAGCCGAGUGAGUAAGCGAGCUAUAUACGCGGGGCACUCUUAAAAUAUCAGAACACACUGUCAUACGCGUGUCAUCGUUGCACGUUUCACCUUUUGUGAUGCAGCUGGGUUUUUUUCCCGCCCCCAUUCCCCUCCCUCCCUCCCUCCCUCGCUCCCUCCUUUCGUCUCUCCGUUCGAUUCCCACUGCCUGGUUUACUCGGUGACCUUUUUCAGUACUUAAAAAACAUGUCGUAAACACGUCUACUCCUAGUUGAUAAAGAGAACUAGACGUAAGGGAAUUAUAAGAAUCAUUGACGUAUUUCAAAAUUAACGACGACGACGAUGACGAGGACGACAAUUAGGAUGAUGAUGAUGAUAAUGGUGGUAGUGAUGAUGAUGAUAAAGGAAGCAAGUUGAAAAUAUUCUGUAUCAUUCCACGCGAAAGUCUACCGUUUUUGUCGAGGUGCUGACAGAACGCUAGCACGGAGAAUGUUCGGCAGUUUCGUUCGACCUCGCCGAGGAGGCGACGCCCGUCGCAUGUCGCACCGUAAACGUGAACGCGACCCGGCGCAUCGGAGAGGUCACGCCGACACUGUCGAACAAGAGGAACAGUUCACCGGAGCACGUACUUGAAUGGCAUUAGUACCUCCGACUUUUGGGUCGUUAAAAAAGAAACAAAGGAGAAGAGGAAAGACGCGGCGGCGGCGGCGGCUGCUUGAGACAAGCGUUUCUCUUUCGCGUUUCUGUUUUGCGUUCUCGAAGAAAAGAUAGAAAAGAAGAAAAACCGAAAAAAAAAGGAAAGAAAGCAAGGAAAGAAUCGUUCAUACAAUAACUAUCUUAGGAUAUUAUUAAUUAUAUACGACGACGAAGAGACGACGAUGACAUAAUAUAUUACACGUUUAAUGCUUAUAUAUAUUUGUAUAUGGUCGAACAAAAAAAAAGAAGAAAAAAAGGUAGUAACCCGCACUUUAGCGCCAGAGUCGCGUGGGGAAGCACAGUUUUUCUUUACGUUCACCUCGAAGACACACUUUACACGGUUUCGUCGGACUACUAACGAGCGCGCGCGACGUCCGUGCGUUGCGGUGCAUUCGACGUAGCGCCGGAUAGUGUCAUACGAUACGCAUGUUGCACAGUGCCGUGAAGAAGAAGAGAUCACCGGUAAUCCUCCACGAGAUCAAGAAGCUCUCGGACCUCUACGAGAUUGGAGCGUCCGUUUAUCGAGUUGUCGUUUACGACGAUGUUCUUCGGGACUCUCGAUUCACCGUUACGCGAGCGAGUAUUGAUAUUCGACGGGGCAGGAAGGUAACGGACGGCAUUAAUCGAGCAUCCUCGUAGUGCGCUAAAACAAUGCACCGCACGUGCGCACUUUCGCGCGCUCGAUGUCUACAUCGGCCGAUCAGCCAUUCACCGGGCGCAUUCAAUAUUAUACGUGUAUAGCGAAUAAUACGUGUGAAAAAAAAAACGGAUUCGGCUCGACGCGCGACUAUCACACUGCGUAUUGUGUAGGUAGCGAUUAUAAGAAGAGAAGGAAAAAUUGAGGAGCAAAACGCAGUCGCUGUUCUGUCUCGUAUGUGUACAAUGUCCCGCACGGUCCAUGCAUGAUUACAUUCCCGGUUACAUUCUAAGGUCUCCCACCCCCUUCUUCUAUUGCGUCCACUUUGCUACGUGAAGUAUUCGCUACUUUAUUAUUAUUAUACUACUACUACUAUUACUACUACUAUUACUACUUACUAUCGCAUCGCGUGACACAAUCGCCCGUAAACUGGCGCGAUUAAGAGGAGAAUGGUAAAGGGAGAAAGAAAAGAGGGGUAGAAAGUGAGAGCGCGUUCAGCGAACACAGCGGUUGAGUAAUUCAUUAACGUAAUUGGUCUGGAUUUAGAGAUCUGACGGUAAAGAUCAAUAAUCACUGGCAGCUUGUCGAUCGCUUUGUUCCGCUGAACGCAGCCAGUGAGAAAUCUUUAGAUAUUAUUCCUAAGCGCACGUGGAGCAGCUGCCUUUCUAUCUAGCGAAUCACACAACGCGAAUCAUUUGUCUCACGCAACUCCGGUGAAAAGAGUGUGUUGCACAUGACAGCAAUGCAACAACAGAACACACAAUAGAAACACGACAACACAAUACACACACACACACAUACACAUCGCUGAAUGUUAAAAAAUAUUAUUUUAGAUAUAUUAAGACGCGAUAGCAAUUAUAUACCAUUGAAUGUACUAUGACUAUGAAUACAACAGAUAGCAUCAAUGCGUUAAUAAUAAUGGUAUAAAUAUCUGUUAUAUAUGUAUAUGUGUGUGUGUGUGUGUCGUAUGUGGAUAAUAUAUAGAUAAAUAUAUAUAUAUACAAAUAUAUAUAUAUACACAUGCAUAUAUACAUGUAUACAUAUUAAAUUAACUAAAUAUUAUGUACCUAUAGCGCAUAGUCGUUAAAAACAACACCGACAACAUCUCAUAUGAACCUUGACCUUGAUACGGAUUCACAGAUGCUGAAGAUCUUACGGUCGUAGUAGAGAGGGACUUAUUAUUUUUCUAAGCGAUCGCGCGCCUUGGCUGGCGAGGCUGGGAGGCGGCUCUUCUAGUCUAGGAAACAUAGUAUUGUGCGAUCUGAGUAGCCUGUGUUAAAACGACAAUGGAUGAUUUCGAUCGCAUGUGUACCGUCUGCUAAAUUUCAUGCGAUUAAGUGCAGAGCAGCAAACCAUUCGAGACACUUGGAGAGAGAGAGAGAGAGUAUCAUAUAUAUAAGUAAAAAAUCGGCUCACUGACCAAGAGACAGAAACGCGCGACUGCAACAAUGGUCCAAUGUUUUCGCGAUGAUUUUCAUGGCGGGCAUUGGUAUGGUAUCAGUAUUAGCCAGUCGGAGCAUAUCAUGUUUCGGUGAUUACGUUGCGGCGGGAAAGAGAGUAAACGGAAAGAGAAAAGGGAAGAAAUCGUAGCGUGUGCGCUUCAAGAUACUGUGAAUUUGCAUCGGGCCAUCUCCGUAUAUAAGUUUAAAAAUUGAUUUUUGUAAAGAGGUAAUAAGUAUAUAUAUAUAUAUAUAAAUAUUAUAUCGAGGUAACUGACUUAGCUUAAAAGCCAUGUGAGACAUGAGGAAAAAAAGGGGAUGAAGAAGAAGGAGAAGAAGCAGAAAAAAAAGAAAAAAUAUACGUCCUUGAAGUCGAAGUCCAGAUUAGCAAGUCCAAAGAUGGAGAAAGAGUAUAAUAAUGACUAAAACUAGACUUUAUUUUUACAGUUCUUUCGGUGUCUCCUCCUCGUGUGUAUCAUCCUCUCGUCUUGCGACGACCGUUGCGGUCCCCGCGAUUACGUUGCCCUCGCACAAUGCUAUUUUCGAUUUUGUUCCUCUUAGAUACGUCUUUUUUUUUCACAACAACGACACUGAACUCUCCGCGCGAUAACAGCUCUGCUCUUUUGGCUCUGUGGCCGCGCACGCGUCCGUUUUCACUAAUUAAGUUGACAAACUCGUUGAAACUUAAUAUAAUUGUGAUAUUCGCAAUUAUCCUCGUGCGUAUAAAGCUCUUUACGGCGUCGUCGCACGAUUAUUUGUGCACAAAGCGAGAGAAGAAACGACGUAUGCGUUGACGCGGGGGCAACUAAUUAUCGCGGCUCCCGAUACGUUUUUAUCACAGCGAAUUUCAAAACUCCGAAAUAUCUGGAGUUUUUAUCACCGCGUACGGAAGAUUUUUGUGUUGUCUCACCGUGAACAACGGCGAAUCGUGGCGGUACGAGAGAAAGAAAGAAAGAGAAAAAUAACUCAUGAUUUCAGCUACUAAUUGUGAUAGCUCAGAGAACGUAUCAUCCCGCAGAAGCGGUUGAAGAAACUCGUUAUUGAGAGAUUUAUGCUAUAAAUUGAUACUGAGGAAAAGGAACAUCUUGUUCCUUUUUUCGCAUCUUUCAGAAAUGCAUGAAAUAUAAUUAAUACAUUAUAUAUAUAUAUGUAAUAAAUAUUUAUAUACUCUCAUAUAUACAUACAUACAUACAUACAUACAUACAUACAUACAUAUAUAUAUAUAUAUAUAUGUGUAUGUGUAUGUAUGUAUAUGUAUAUGUUGUGUAUUUUGUACAUGUAGACGCGUGUAAUUUUUUUUGCACGCGUCUUUCGAGACGCUUUUUAGAAAUCGCAAAAGACUCGGCGCGAAAGCGAGACGAGUUGAUAAGAUUGAAUUGAUAAAAUGCUUGCUUUGAGGAAGUAUUAUCUUUAAUAUUAUUUUUUCCUUUUCUUACGAUCGACAAUUGUAAUUGCAUGAGGAAACGAAAAUCGCCGUUGUUCACGAAGAAGCAAAGACAAUGUCGAAAGGCCGAAAACCAAUUUUGUCCCCUCGUCCCUCUUUCUCCUUCACAGGUGUCUCUCCUCGCCGCUCACAAGUUUUAACGCAUUAUUACACCCCGUGAAAGAACGUAUUGUGUUUGUGGAUAUAUGUAAUUUUACUUAUCAAUAAAUAAAUUAUAAAGAAACA